UGCAGUCACGUAGGCCAAUGAAAGGCGGCUUUGACGAGCUCGUGCAGUUCCCUGGCCAAUCGUGGUGUAGAAACAAGGCGGGACUUAGCGUUACCAAGGCGAGACGAGUGAAGUAUAAAGGGAAUAACAUGGUCUCCCAGUGGCUGUUUGUGUUUACUUAAAUAACACACUCCGAAUGGGUGUUUUUCCUCACCACAACAGACUUUUAUUUUCUUUAAAGUUCACGCGGUUUUAUUCAUCCCCUUCUUUCUUUUUAAUGUGAACAUUUACCCGGCCAGUGGCAUGUGAAUCUCAUACUUCACUGAUGUGCCAGUCUUACAAAUGGAAAGGGGGCUUCACUUUGGAAACGUGAGCAUUUCCCUGGUGCUCCUGCUGGUGCUGCUGCUCAACGCGCUCAUCGGUUUCGGGACGUCGCACACUCGGGGCUCCGCCGUCCUGUGGGAGCCGCAGCCCGGCGCCCGCACUACGGGAGAGACCUCGGCUGACUCGAAGCGCGAUGCCGGAGGAGUGAUGGGGGAGCGCGGCUUGGAGAACGUGGGCACCUCGGUCACUGGAGCCGACGUUAUCGUGGAGAACGACGACGAACACGGCUCCACCGGGGAAGCGGAGGAGUCUUAUGGAGAAAAAAGCGGGAACGUAAAAUCGACAAGGUCUCUGGUAAUCAUCAGUACUCUGGAUGGUCGGAUCUCGGCUCUGGAUCCUCACAACCAGGGCAGGAAGCAGUGGGAUCUGGAUGUCGGCUCAGGGUGCCUGGUUUCCUCCAGCCUCAGCAAACCUGAGAUGUUUGGGAACAAGGUGGUCAUCCCUUCACUGGACGGUGCCUUAUUCCAGUGGAACCGGGACAGAGAGAGUAUGGAGGCAGUGCCUUUCAGCGUGGAGUCCCUGCUGGACUCGUCCUACCGCAUCGGAGAGGACACGAUCCUGGUCGGGGGCAAAACCCUGACCACCUAUGGCCUGGGGACCUACAGUGGCAAGAUCCGUUACAUCUGCUCCACGGUGGGCUGCAGUCAGUGGGGGGACAAAGACGUGGAGCCGGAGGACGUGCUCCUCCUGCAGAGGACGCAGAAGACUGUGCGAGCCAUCCGGCCCCGGACAGGGAUGGAGAAGUGGAACUUCAGCGUGGGAAACUUUCAGCUGAAGCUCGUUCCCGAGGCUCAGUCGGGGAUGAACUUCCUGGAGGGAGAGCUGGCGAACGAACCGUGGAGGGAGAGUCAGCGCGUCAUCAUCGACGAACCCAAAGAGCGGGAGCAGGCCGAGAACCAGCAGAACCAGCAGAACCACAACCUGGACCUUGUCAUCAAGGUGUCGGUUCCUGACUGGAAGGUCAUGGCCUUCAGCACCAAGUCUGAAGGGCAGCUGGUCUGGGAGCGUCAGUUCUGCACACCCAUCGCUUCAGCCUGGCUGGUGGGUGGAGGUAAAGUCACGCCCAUCAGCCUGUUUGACGACACCGGCUACAGCAACCAGUCAGAAGCUGACGAGGAGGAGGAAGACAGUGACCCGGAGAAGAUCAGAGGAGCAGCAGAGUCCAGUGUGUACUUGGGCAUGUUCCAGGGACAGCUCUACCUCCAGUCUUCAGUCAGGAUCACGGAGAAGUUCCCCGCCAAAGCCAUCGGAUCGGAGAAGAAUAUAAUUCCGCUCCCUACCGUCAAAUGGAAGCCGCUGAUCCAUUCCCCGUCUCGCACUCCGGCCCUCGUUGGCUCUGACGAGUUUGACAAGUGUCUGAACAACGACAAGUUCUCCCACGAAGAGUACAGCAACGGCGCCCUCUCAAUCCUCCAGUAUCCGUACGACAACGGGUACUCCUUCCCCUUCAGCAAGCACUACCGGGAGAAACGUGACAGCUCUGUGAGCCUGAUUAAGGGAAACACGGCGGGGCCCGACAGCCGCAGGAGGAAGGACCCGGUGCUGCUGCUGCCCUGGUGGAAGGAGAUUCUCGGCACCAUCAUCUUCUGCAUCGUCGCUACCACGUACAUCGUCCGCAAGUUCUUCCACCCCCCCGUUCCGGUCGCCUUUGUGAGGCAACGGAAAGAGUCGGAGACACAGUGCCAGACUGACUGCAAGUUUGACCUUGAGGUUGUAGAAUCCAAAGAGCCGGUUGCCAUGGAGACCCGUUCCACCGAAUAUGUGUCCAGGUACCUGACUGACUUUGAGCCGGUGCAGUGCCUCGGGCGCGGCGGCUUCGGCGUCGUGUUUGAGGCCCGCAACCAAGUGGACGACUGCAACUACGCGAUCAAAAGAAUCCGUCUGCCCAACAGGGAGCUGGCCCGUGAGAAGGUGAUGCGAGAAGUGAAGGCUCUGGCCAAGCUGGAGCACCCGGGGAUUAUCCGCUACUUCAACGCCUGGCAGGAGAGUCCUCCUGAAGGUUGGCAGGAGGAGAUGGACAAGAGGUGGCUGAAAGACACCAGCGCCACCGACUGGCCAAUGAGCUUCCUGGACCACAUGGAGGCGCUGUCGGUCAAAGUGCCGGUGUCCAGCUCCGUGUCAGCGGUCCGCGGGCACGAGCGGGACACGUCGUCCACGGACCCGCGCAGCCUGCUCUCCAGCAGCACCGGCGGGGCCGCGGGUUUCGGCGCCGACGACAGCGACCUCUCCUUUCAGCCUCACCUGGGCCACGACAGCCUGAUGUCGGAGCGCGACAGUCAGGCCGACCUCGACGCCUCGGACACCCCGGACUCCUUCGAGCUGUGCCCCCCGCGCGGCCCCAGUGACUGCACCUCCUCCUCCUUCGACAUAGUCUUCGAGGACUCGGGCUGCGACCGAGACGCUGAGGCAGACACCGACUCUGUGACGUCCGGUGCAGCCAGCACCGGCGCGGCGACGGAGAGGAACAGCUCGUCGUCCUCGCACACCAGGCGACAGGAUUCGGUCCCGCCCCCCUCCUCCUCCUCCUCCUCCUCCUCCUCCUCCUCCUCCUCUUCUCCACCAAGGCCAACCUCACUUUCUUUGGCUGUGCCAACACCUUCUCCGAUGCAGCGGGUUCAGCCUUCUCCUAAGGUUUACCUGUACAUCCAGAUGCAGCUCUGUCGGAAGGAGAACCUGAAGGACUGGAUGGCUCAGCGCUGCCUCCCGGAGCAGAGGGAGCACAACCAGUGUCUGGACAUCUUCCUCCAGAUCGCGGAGGCCGUCGACUUCCUGCACAGCAAGGGCCUCAUGCACAGGGACCUCAAGCCCUCCAACAUCUUCUUCACCAUGGACGACGUGGUGAAGGUGGGAGACUUCGGCCUGGUCACGGCCAUGGACCAGGAGGAGGACGACGACGAGCCGAGCGCCCUGACGCCCGCGCCGCUCCUCACCCGGCACACGGGCCAGGUCGGCACCAAGCUUUACAUGAGCCCAGAGCAGCUCUCUGGAAACUCGUACUCUCACAAAGUGGACAUUUACUCUCUGGGCCUGAUCCUGUUUGAGCUGCUCUGUCCUUUCAGGACGCAGAUGGAGAGAGUGAGGACGCUGACAGAGGUGAGGCUGCUGCGCUUCCCCGAGGUCUUCUCCAAAAACAACAUUCAGGAGCUCAGUAUGGUGCGCAGCAUGCUGUCGCUGAGCCCCAGCGAGCGCCCGGAGGCCGCCGACAUCACGGGCACGCCCCUCUUCGAGGAGCUGGAGCUGGAGAUGCCGUGUCGAUUAGCCAUGAGGCAGCGCUCCCGCACCUACAGCGCCUCGUCCAUGGGCCGCCCCUCGCGCCAGACGCCGACGUCUAACUGAAGAACCCUCCCUCCCUCCCUCCCCUCCCCUCCACCUCUGCCUCUCUGUCUUGCCAAGAGAAGCACCUCUCAGCCCACUGCCACCGCACACACGAGCCAAGAGCGACUAACACACGCUGAAGCUAACACUGGUGUCUCCGGAGCGGCGGGGGAUCAAAUACUUCACACUUACAACUGCUGUUAAUGUUCCCGCUCACCGUCCACGCCGUCCAGAAAUUUAGCCACAAGUGAAAGGAUAUUUAAGAAGCAACGGGUGCUCUGUCACGACUUGGCUCGAGUGAGACUUCUGAAGUGUCCCCGAGCAGCAGAUGGACGAAGACGCUAUGACCACUGAACUUCAUACUAAAUCGAUUUUUGGAAAGAUGAAAAAAAUGGAUGGGAUUUGAGUCGUAACGCGCCGCUCGCUCCUACUUUUCACUCGCGCUACACCUCAGGUAUCAAAACCAUGAGGACACUCCAUAGGGGCCUUUGAUGCUUGAUCAUCCUAUCUACUAGUUCUGAUCACUAGUAUGAGCACUAACCGGUGUUUUUCCGAACACCCGAUAUGCCUGAUGUGGGAGACCAAAAAAAAAAAAAAUCACCAUCUGUUUUUUCCUAUGUUUUGUAAAGAAAGAAGUUGAUCAGAUAUGAUUUGCCUUUAGAACGAGACCUGAGGCCUCGUGGAUGAAUGCCGAGCUUCUGGCUCUUGUCUUUUCCUGCACGUAUCUGAAAGGAAAGUAAAAGGCGUGAGUGUGUUUUGUUAUCUUGAAGCCAAUACUUGGACACAGUUUUUUCCCUGUGUAUAAAUUUACAUGACGACUCUGGAGGUGCUCAAUCGUUUCCCCAAACACCUCCUUUCUCUUUCUUAUUUGUUAUGUACAUAGUUGAAGGGACAAAAGAAAAAAAACAACCUGUUUAUAUCUUUUAGCUCCAGCCGAGGAGGCGAAUUCGAUCGUGUACAUAUCGUAAGACGCCAUUGCCUGUAAAUGACCUUUUAUUUUGAAAUGGCUGUAAGAAACUUUUGCAUUCUGUGGGAGCAGAAGCCGACGGGGAUGAUCUCUGCUGUUGUUUGACAGCUGAAUGUUUUACACCGAAAGCGAAGUG